CCCGCUGACGUCAGCAGGUGUGACCUCAGUGUUUUUCUCAGAGACGCAGCGGCUGACGGCGCCAUAUUGGAAGAAAAGAAUUGUUCCCUAAAACGCGUGAAACCUCGGAUUUGGCGCCAUGUUGUACCUGGAGGAUUACCUGGAGAUGAUCGAGCAGCUUCCCAUGGAUCUCCGCGACAGGUUUACGGAAAUGAGGGAGAUGGACCUGCAGGUUCAGAACGCCACCGAUCAGCUGGAGCACAAAGUGAUCGAGUUCUUUGUCAACGCAAAGAAGAACAAACCUGAGUGGAGAGAGGAACAGAUGGAGGUCAUUAAAAAGGAUUAUUACAAAGCUCUGGAAGAUGCAGAUGAAAAAGUUCAGCUGGCCAAUCAGAUUUAUGAUCUGGUCGACCGUCAUCUGCGCAAACUGGACCAGGAACUGGCCAAGUUCAAGAUGGAGCUGGAGGCAGACAACGCCGGCAUCACUGAGAUCCUGGAGAGACGGUCGUUAGAGAUGGACAGUCCGUCUCAACCAGUCAACAACCAUCACGUCCACUCUCACACCACCACUGAGAAGAGGAAGUACAGCGCUCCGACUCAUCACACGACAGAGCACGUUCCAGAGAAGAAGUUUAAAUCUGAAGCUCUGCUGUCGACCCUCACGUCAGACGCUUCAAAAGAAAACACGCCAGGCUGUCGCACCAACAGCACGUCCUCAUCCACCAACAACGUGUACAGUGUGAACUCGUCUCAGCCUCUGGCCUCUUACAACCUGAGCUCCCUGCCUGCGGGGCCUGGGGCCGGAGCCGGGGCCAUCACCAUGGCAGCUGCUCAGGCUGUUCAGGCGACAGCACAGAUGAAGGAGGGCAGGAGGACGUCCAGUCUCAAAGCGAGUUACGAAGCCAUCAAGAACAACGACUUCCAGCUCGGCAGAGAGUUCUCUCUGUCCCGGGACAGCACUGGAUACUCCUCCUCUGCUCUGGCCUCCACUCUCACCCAGACCCUCACCCCCACCACCGCCUCUGACUCCAGGGGGCGCAAGUCCAAAAGCAGCAUCAAGUCUUCUAAUCAUCAGUCGUCUUCAUCGUCCUCCUCUUCCUCUCUGUCAUCGUGCUCGUCAUCGUCAGCGCUGGCCCAGGAGCUUUCCCAGCAGGCCUCAGCGCUACCUGAGGCUGAAGCCAACAGUCAGGUGGACUGGACCUACGACCCCAACGAGCCCCGAUACUGCAUCUGUAACCAGGUUUCUUAUGGAGAAAUGGUCGGCUGCGAUAACACAGAUUGUCCAAUCGAGUGGUUCCACUACGGCUGCGUCGGACUGACCGAGGCUCCCAAGGGGAAGUGGUACUGUCCUCAGUGUACGGCCGCCAUGAAGAGGAGAGGCAGCCGCCACAAAUAGACUCACUGCUCUGUCUGCCAUGUUGGAUUUUAACCUUGUAACACACUGCAGAACCAUAGAGGUCAGAGGUCAACGGGCUGCUCACACAGCGGCUGACACGUUCAAAUCUUUGUGCCAACAAACGGAUCGAAGCCACAAGAAGGAAAAUAAAUCAAAUGUUUUUGUUUGACCCAAAAA